GGCAAUUUGCCAGAGUUUUGCGUGAUUUUCGUCAAUUGGCCAAAGUUUUGUGUAACUUCCGUCAACUGACCAAAUAAGGUUAUCACUGAUGAGGCUGGGCUGAAGUUGCACUUUUGUCGUGACAUACAGAUCUUCAACAAAGUCGAAAAAGAUACCGUUUUCCGGCAAAUUUUAGUCAACUCUCGAAGAUACAACCACAGUUUCAUCAGUGAUUGAAGUAAGGUGAAUUUUGGUCAACUGACGAACGUCAGACAAAACUUCGGUCAAUUGACAAAAGUCAUCUAAAGCUUUGGUCAAUUGACGAGCGUCAGACAAAACUUUAGUCAAUGACGAAGGUGUAGGUGACGAAAGUCUCAGUUGACCAGUUUCCGAUUCCCCACAUCACCAUUCCUCGAAAAUAUGGUUCGAUCGAGCUAAAAUAUUCACCACAAAUACUUUAGACUGUAUCUCUUUUUAAACGUUUCGGAUUUCAAAUUUCGAUGUGAAAUUUUUAAAAAAGAAAACCAGUUUUUUAUAUGAGACUUUUAGUAUUUUUGGAAAAAACAUUUUGAACCUGAGAUAUGGCCUAAAGUCUCUGUGGUCAAAAUCUCACCUCGAUCGGACCAGUUUUUUGAGGAAUCGUUAUGCGACUGGAUGAAAACUACAAUUAUCCAGAAAACUCAUGGAAGAACAUGUCAGAAAAUGAUGAGCAAACAUACAUCGAUUCUCUUUUCGAUGUUCUAUCUCUGAUAUUGAUUUGAGCCCAACCAAAUAUUGGCUUUCCGGGUUUCCAAGAGGGUCAAAAAAGAGGGCUGAUAUAAUUAAGAAUUGUGAGAGAGAUGGCAAUACCACGGAAACUACUAUGAAAAUUGAAUCGACGACUGAUGCCAAUUCUGACAUUACUAUAUUUGUUCUCGUACUUCGGUCGAAUAAACGUCGGUUAGUCUUAAUCAGAUACAUAAUAAUGUUUGCAUGGUGAUAUGCUGAUACUUUUUUCAUAGGAAAUGCUAAAGUCGUCGGUAUCGAACAAGAUCUUCGCUUGACACCAUCCCAAUUCGAUUGGGUUAUUUCCAUGUUCUAUUUGAGCGAUGUAAGUGAAUAUAUGAUGUAACUGCUGUUGUAUGCUUCACGCCUGUUAUGUUAAAGGUUUUGUUUUCAAUAGUAUUGCUGUUCAUCAGGAAAAAUGCUCGCUCGUCUAGAUGGAUUGGUUCGUUGGCAUUUACUUGGGGUAUUAUUAUGACGUUGAUGGUACUCAUAAAGGAUUUUACUGGCUUGUUGUUGGCACGCUUCUUUUUGGUACAGUUUUAAAGAUGAUUUUGGGUUAUAGUUUUUCUAAUAAUUCGUUUUCUUUUUGAAGGUAUGGCACAAUCAGGUUUUUCCUCGAGUGUGAUCUUCUAUCUCUCUUUGUGGUAUAUCAGAGAUGAUCAACCCUUCCGACUAGCCUUAUUUUAUUCAGAUGACAGCUUAGCAGGGAUAGUUGGUGGUAUUUUGGCAUUUGCUGUUGAUCAGUUGCAUACAGAAGGCAAUUUAGCCGGCUGGCAAUGGAUAUUUUUGAUUGAAGGGCUCAAUAAAGUAGAAAGUGAUAUGUUGGUAAAUCACUUGCGCGAAGACGCUGGUGUACUUGCAGAUGAAGUGGACUUUUCAUGA